GCAAGCACUUGCCAAAAACCGGAUGCGAAAAUUCCAAGGAAACAAAACCUGGGGAAUGGUCUUGGGGUUUUGCCACAGCCUAGCUUUGUUGAGAUAUGGAACUUUCUUAUCAAGCAAAUCACUUCCCAAUCCCAAGUAGUUUAUUCAUUAAUCCUAAUAAAAAUUUCUUUGUUCUUGAUCAUGUCAAGUAUAAAUACCCAACAAAGAGCAAUGUUCUGCAUCAUCACAGCACAUCAAGAAACACUAGUUCAAUAUUCAGACAAAACAAGUUAAGUUCUUCAGCACUGUACACUUCAUCUCAUAAUUCAGUAAUCAGUGAAGAAGGAAAUCAAGAAAACAUCAUGUCAAACACUGCUGGACAAGUCAUUCGUUGCAAAGCUGCUGUGGCAUGGGAGGCAGGGAAGCCAUUGGUGAUUGAGGAAGUGGAAGUGGCACCUCCUCAGAAAAUGGAAGUUCGUCUCAAAAUCCUCUACACUUCUCUCUGUCACACUGAUAUAUACUUUUGGGAAGCCAAGGGCCAAAAUUCAGUCUUUCCUCGUAUUCUUGGACAUGAGGCAGCAGGGAUUGUGGAGAGUGUAGGAGAGGGAGUGACAGAACUUGCACCAGGGGACCAUGUACUUCCAGUGUUCACUGGUGAAUGCAAAAACUGUGCACACUGCAAAUCAGAGGAGAGUAAUAUGUGUAGCCUAUUGAGGAUUAAUACAGACAGGGGAGUGAUGAUUCAUGAUGAGAAAUCAAGAUUCUCUAUCAAUGGAAAGCCGAUUUACCAUUUUGUAGGGACAUCCACUUUUAGUGAAUACACUGUGGUUCAUGUUGGUUGUGUUGCCAAAAUCAACCCUCUUGCUCCUCUUGACAAAGUCUGUGUCCUAAGUUGUGGAAUUUCAACUGGCCUUGGUGCAACUCUGAAUGUUGCCAAACCAACAAAGGGCUCAAGUGUGGCUGUGUUUGGACUGGGGGCUGUAGGCCUUGCUGCUGCAGAAGGAGCAAGGAUUGCAGGGGCUUCAAGAAUUAUCGGUAUUGAUUUGAAUGCCAGCCGAUUUGAGCUAGCAAAGAAAUUUGGUGUGACAGAAUUUGUGAACCCAAAGGACUAUAGCAAACCAGUUCAAGAGGUAAUUGCUGAGAUGACUGAUGGCGGAGUCGAUAGAAGUGUGGAGUGUACAGGCCACAUUGAUGCUAUGAUUUCCGCAUUUGAAUGUGUUCAUGAUGGCUGGGGAGUGGCUGUACUUGUGGGAGUACCCCAUAAAGAAGCUGUUUUCAAGACACAUCCUAUGAACCUAUUGAAUGAAAGGACUCUAAAGGGAACAUUCUUUGGAAACUACAAGCCGCGAUCGGAUCUUCCUUCUGUAGUAGAGAAAUACAUGAAUAAAGAACUAGAAUUGGAGAAGUUCAUAACUCAUCAACUCCCAUUUUCUGAAAUCAACAAGGCUUUUGAUCUCAUGCUCAAAGGAGAAGGCCUUCGUUGCAUAAUCCACAUGGACCACUAAACUAAGUAUUUCCACAUCAAAUAUGGCAUGGAGCUGCUCUAAUGACUUCAUCUGUUACAUUCCUAUGCAAAGUUAAUAAAUAACUCUUUAUGUUUUCUUUUUGAGAAGUCCUUGUAAUUUUUCUCAUCUGGUACAAAUGGUCAUUUCAUGGUUAUAUUAAGCACUGUCUUCCUUGGUUAA